UCGGCCCCGGCAAGAUGGCGGCGCCCUUGGAGCUCAGGUGCUGGGGAGGCGGCUGGGGGCUCCCGUCGGUGCACAGCGAGUCCCUGGUGGUGAUGGCUUACGCCAAGUUUUCUGGUGCACCCCUGAAAGUCAAUGUCAUAGAUAACACCUGGAGAGGUUCAAGAGGAGAUGUACCAGUUUUGACAGCUGAAGACAGUAUUGUUUCUCAGCCGGCAAAAAUACUAAACUUUUUAAGAAAACAGAAAUAUAAUGCCGAUUAUGAACUGUCAGCAAAACAAGGGGCAGAUACACUAGCUUACAUUGCUCUCCUCGAAGAGAAGCUUCUUCCUGCAGUGCUUCACACAUUCUGGGUUGAGAGUGACAAUUACUUUACUGUGACAAAGCCAUGGUUUGCUUCACGAAUGCCUUUUCCCUUGAGUUUGAUCCUGCCUGGAAGAAUGUCUAAGGGAGCACUGAAUAGGAUUCUCCUGACCAGGGGAGAGCCUCCCCUCUACCACCUCCGAGAUGUAGAAGCUCAGAUAUACAGAGAUGCCAAGGAGUGCCUAAAUCUUCUGUCAAACAGACUGGGAACAUCUCAGUUUUUCUUUGGAGAUACGCCUUCUACUUUGGAUGCCUAUGUGUUUGGUUUUCUCGCACCUCUUUAUAAAGUACGCUUUCCUAAAGUUCAGUUACAAGAACAUUUGAAACAGCUCUCCAACCUGUGUCGCUUUUGUGAUGACAUCCUAAACAGUUAUUUUAGGCUUAGUCUUGGAGGCAUCUCUCCUGCUGGACAAGAAACGGUAGAUGCAAAUCUGCAGAAACUCACACAACUUGUAAAUAAGGAAUCCAACUUGAUUGAAAAGAUGAGGAAACUAAGGCACAGAGAGGUUACGUCAUUUGCCCAAGGUCACGCAGCUUACUAAUGGUAAGUAAGUAAUCAGGGAUUUAAACUCAGAUGAUGUGGCUUCAGAGUCCAUGUGCUUAAAUUAACCUCUACACCAACUGUUAUUCUUGGUAUCUCUUUUUGAUUCACCCCUGAUAAACUCUCAUCCAACUUAUCAGAUGUGUAAGCAGUCCUACCUCCAAAAAUGCCCUAAAUCCAUCUACUUCUUUCCAUCAUAGUUGCCAUCACCCUAGCCUUUUUCCGAGGCUGUCAUAUUUCCCUGGAGAUCUCCAAUUCCACUCUUGUCCUUCCCACCUCCCUCAACUCAGCAUCCCUAGUCAUUCUUCCCAAAGAAGCCAGGUCUUAGCUUGAAUGUAAUUUUUUUUUUUUCCUGAGAAGCCUCCCUUGAUUCCCAUAAAUGAAUCACAUCCUCUCAAUUAUCCUUUCUCAUAUCACCCUAUUCAUUUCUUUCAUGGUAAAUUUCAUAAUUGAUAAUUAGACAUUUGUGUCUUUAUUUUUUAAAGCUCCAUGAGAACAAGGAUUUUGUUUUAUUUUCCACUGUCUACCCAGUGCCUAGCACAGACCUUAGCCCAUAGUAGGCAUUUAGUAAUAUCUGUGAAUGGAUGGAUGGAUGAGUGACUAAUAUUAAGAAGUGACUAACUUUUAUGUGUUAUAAUGAAAGUACGGUUUCACUUCUUUAUAAUGAACUAAUGGGAGGAGGCUGUAUGAAUUACUGAAAAAUAU